AUGUUCUUGUUCGUUCUCUUAUCUGAAGCCAGUGGGCUGCUCGCUGUGGCCUACUUCAUCAUACUACCUCUUUUCGAAUAUUUCUAUGAUUCGAAGAAACUACGACAAUAUCCCGCACCAUUUCUUGCAGGAGUGACCAAUCUAUGGCAUAUGCAGAAACAGUUCACUUACCAGCGCUGGCAAUCAGUCGACAAAGCCCACAAGAAGUUGGGGCCCAUCGUGCGCCUCGGUCCCAAUGAGCUUUCGUUCACAGAUCCCCGUGCCAUCAAAGAUAUCUACGGGCACUCCUCGCCAGCACUGAAGGCAGACCUCUACGAGGCCAUCUCGUCGUCGCAUAAACAUGUUCUGGACGUCAUCGACCGCGAGGAACAUGCUCGGAAACGCAAGCUGAUCGCCAACGCCAUGUCGAUGAAGAUGAUCGAGGAGUAUGAGCAUCGUGUCCACGAGGACAUUCUCGAACUGGUCAAGCAAUGGGACGCACGUUGUACCGGCCCGCCCGCUCCUGGCGUAACAACACAUCCUGAGGGAGAAACAAUUGAUGCUCGACGCUGGCUCAACCUCUUGACACUGGACAUGAUUGCCGACCUUGGAAUGAGUAAGAAGAUGGGCUUCGUCAAAUCCGGAGAUGAUGUGGUCACGUGCGAGACGAUUGGUGGGAAGACAUAUGAGGCCAAUAUCGAAUUUGGAAUCGGCACGAACCAAAAUCUCACCGCAACAAUGGGUCUGUCAUGGAAAAUGCGCUGGCUCACCUCCAAGUUGCUGGCUUUUCAUCCUGGUUGGCAGACAGGCGCCAACAUGACCAAUUGGUCGCACCAUCUGACCAAGCAGCGUCUGGCACGCGAGAGAGCUGGGGAAAAACUGCAUGAUAUUUUCGACUCUCUCAUCUGGACGAAGAACAGGCAGCCUGUUCCCCACGAGGUGGGUGAGAUCACCGCGGAAGUCGCCCUGAUCUUGACCGCAGGCAGCGACACGACAGGAAUUGCACUCUGCAAUAUUCUGAUGCUGCUGAUCAUGAAUCCGCGAUGCCUUGUCAAGCUACACGAAGAGUUAACCGCUGUAUGCGGAGACUCGGAAGUCGUGCCAGCGUAUGAUGAGCUCAAGAUCUUGCCGUAUCUGAGAGCGUGCAUCGACGAGGCAUUGAGACAACGGCCGUCACUGCGCCAGGGCCUUCCGCGCACCACGCCCCCGAGCGGCAUGGAGAUCGCGGGACACUGGAUUCCCGGGAACACCACAGUGUCAGCUCCAUGCUGGACAAUACACCAUGAUCCAGAGCUGUUUGAGGAUCCUCAAGAGUAUCGACCCGAGCGGUGGCUAGGGGAAGGGGGCGCAGAGCUCCAGAAGUGGUUCUUUCCCUUCAGUACAGGUGCCCGAGGUUGUGUGGGCCGUAACAUUGCGUACAUGGAGAUCAGUCUGACCAUAGCGACGAUUAUCAGACGCUAUGAGUUCGCUUUCAUCGAACCAAACUGGCAACCGACCAUCUAUGAGACAUUGGUUGCGAAGCAAGGCCCGAUGCCCGUGAAGCUCUGGAGGAGAACCAACAAGGUUUAUUGCUAG